UGACAACAGAAUAACACAACAACAAAGACAACAUCUACAACAAUAGCAAACAUCAGGGAUGGACCAAACCUUGUUCCUCCUCCUCGUUUUCUCAGGGCUGUCCAUCCUCCCCUCAUCCCUCCCUCAUCAGUUCCACUUUGUGAACUUGACUAAGAACUGGACUGAAGCUCAGAGUUUCUGCAGACAGAACUACACUGACCUGGCCACCAUAGAUGACGACAAGGCAGAUAUGAAGAAGCUCAAUAACACAUUACCAGCAGCUGGUUGGAUAGAAUCAGCCUGGAUAGGGCUGUAUAACAACAUCUGGAAGUGGUCUCUGGGAGACGAAGAGUUAGAGGGGGAGGGGUUUUGGGCCCAAGGACAAACAAAUAAUGAAGAUAGCGAUAAGUUCUGUGUGCGGAUGUCGGAAGAUAGGUUAUGGCAUCAUGACAAGUGUGACAAUGAAUGGUUUUUUGUCUGCUAUAAAGGCAAAAAUGCUACCAACAAGUUUAUUCUCAUCAAGUCAAAAAGACAGUUUGAUAAGGCUCAGAAAUGCUGUCGGGACAAACAAGGAACAGACCUGGUCAGUGUGAGGAAUGCAACAGAGCGGGACGCAAUAAUGGAGGAGGUGAAAACAGACAUAAUGCCAAAUGGCAGCACAGAUACAUACAGCGUGUGGAUCGGGCUGCAUAGUUUUCCUGGAGUCUGGAGGAAGUCUGACCAGAGUGUUUCCUCCUUCAAUAACUGGAAGAAAGCUGAGCCGAGCAGGAAUCCACAUCAACAGAGAGAGUUAUGUGGUAAAGUUAAUUUCCCCUCUGGAGAGUGGAAUGGUCAGGGUUGUACCACCAAACUUCCUUUUAUCUGCUAUGACGAUGAAUUGGUCCUGGUCUCAGAGAACAAGACGUGGUCAGAAGCCCUGUGGCACUGCAGAGACCUGGACAUGGAGCUAGUGUCUGCCCACAACCAGAACAUUCAGCACUGGGUCCAACAGAAAGCCAAGAAGGCCUCCACUCCCUUCGUCUGGCUGGGCCUGAGGUACACCUGCACCCUGGACUUCUGGUUCUGGGUCAUUGGAGAAGAGUCCUGCUACCACAACUGGGCUGUCGGGGAGGGCUACAACACCACGAAGGAGCAGUGUGGGAACACGGGGGCCAUACAGAGAGACGGGGGACAGUGGGUCGGCAAGUCUGAGACUGAGAGAUUCAACUUCAUCUGCAGCAACAGUACUGAUUACUAGAACCAGACCCUGAUCUCUGAACCAGUUGAACACUACAGUCCAACACAUUGUUCCAGACCCUGCUCUGUUAACCAGCUGAACCCUACAGUCCAACACAUUGUUCCAGACCCUGCUCUGUAGACCAGCUGAACCCUACAGUCCAGAAUGUUCCAGACCCUGCUCUGUUGACCAGCUGAACCCUACAGUCCAACACAUUGUUCCAGACCCUGCUCUGUUAACCAGCUGAACCCUACAGUCCAACACAUUGUUCCAGACCCUGCUCUGUAGACCAGCUGAACCCUACAGUCCAGAAUGUCCCAGACCCUGCUCUGUUGACCAGCUGAACCCUACAGUCCAACACAUUGUUCCAGACCCUGCUCUGUUAACCAGCUGAACCCUACAGUCCAACACAUUGUUCCAGACCCUGCUCUGUUGACCAGCUGAAACCUACAGUCCAACACAUUGUUCCAGACCCUGCUCUGUUGACCAGCUGAACCCUACAGUCCAACACAUUGUUCCAGACCCUGCUCUGUUGACCAGCUGAACCCUACAGUCCAACACAUUGUUCCAGACCCUGCUCUGUUGACCAGCUGAACCCUACAGCCAAGAAUGUUCCAGACAUUCUCACAUUUACAUGAUAUAAGGUGUUGGAAAAUCAUUGUUAUAAAUAUACAUAUAUAUAUAUAUUAUUUUUUUUACAGUACAGUGAGCUCCAAAGUAUUGGGACAGUGACAAAUAUCACUCCCCCAAGACAGUCUAACCUCUCACCAUUACAAUAACAGGGUAGGUUAGCAUUUUAUAUCAUACCCCCAAGACAUGCUAACCUCUCACCAUUACAAUAACAGGGUAGGUUAGCA